AGCUUCUGCGCUGCUUCAUUUUCAAUAGAAUAAGAAGGUUGUGGUUCGCAGAAGGCUAUGCUUCGCAACAGGAAUCAUAUCACACAUCACAACAGAUACAGAUUGUAUAAUAUGCUAUUCUGCUAUACAUUUACAAAGUACUAUUUAGACUUCACUGAAGUUAUGCUAUUUUCAUCGGAAACACCCAGCAGUGCCAGUGAAGGACUGUGUUGUGCAAUUAUCUAAACACACGUACACAUCAAUUGCGGCAAAGUACUGCCAGCUUUUCCACAAGAGCACAAGAUGGAGGAAUAUAAUGAUUACAAAGCUUACAAUGAAAAAAUACACACAUAUCCCCAAUCGCAACCGUCGCUGCCAGCAAACCACUUAUUUGAUCUACUAUACCAAUCUAUCUCAGCGCCCACUAAGAACCAGGGAAAUGGCUCGGAUACGUUCACUUCAACCCCUAUAAACGGUGGUGAUCACUCACUAGGCUCAUCGAAUACGAGUAGUCUGGCGUCACCCCCGCUUGCGUGGCUGACAUCAGACGAAGAGGAAUUGGGACAGAACAUAGAUGUAUCCCUGGUUGAUGAAUUGCUACAAGAAACCCUGGGAUUGGGCGCAACUCAACUGAGUGUUGGUAUUGACGCCAAUGGCAUAUCGCGGGUGUGGUAUCCCGGCAAUAGAGCCUUACCCGUGGCUCCCGAUACUUCACAUUUUACCCCAGACAUCACUCACAACGCUAAGGAGCAAGCAUCGCAUUCAGAUACGUCUGUGACGGACGCGUACGAAAACUCUACUAGCCCACCGGAAGUUAUCACAGACGACGGCACCCCGUGUGUUCCGGUUGUGCAUUCGAAAGAUGAACGCUACAGUAAUAGCCCUGAGCCGAACAGCGAGAACUCUCACAACCCGUUCCAGGGAAACGACGCUCUAAAUGUGGCAAGGAAAACAAGUGAGGAGACUACACACCGAAGCGACACCAACGGCGAUGGCUCAAGCAAUUCAAGGAAGAGUAGCAAGGCGAGCUAUUCGAAGAGGAAGCAGGCAACCGAGAGGAAGCGCAUACAAUCCAUCUCAGAGGCAUUCGAUGUGCUCAAGAGCGUUGUUCCCUCGUGCGCUGGUGCGAAAGCGGCCCGUGUCACCAUACUGCAAAGAACGGCACAACACAUUAUUGCACAGAAUCAAGUCAUCGAGCGCUUGAAAGCAAAGUUGGAACUACUUGCCUCUGACAAAGACCGUACUUCGGUUAUCAUGGCGACGGGUGCAGAUGCAAACCACAUGCAACUAUUACCAGGCGUCAGUAGAAUGGGCUCAAUGCCAGCAAUGGGUUAUACCGCGCAGAUGGCCGACGCGAGCAACCACUCAAUCAUCCAGCCACCACACUCACUCACGCACGCUGCUGCCCGUGCGCUAAGACAGUCGCAGGUCCAAGGACUUCCCCAGGCCCAGAUGUACCCAGGCGGCACUUGUGUGGCAGCUACCAAGGCAAUGUAUGCACAGCCACCGGUUCUUGGUAGUGCUAUGUGUUUGAACAGUUUCUCCGUGGCGCCAGAAACUCAGGAUUUGGCGCAGACAAAUUGUAUGUGCAUGGUGUGUGUCGGUGCGGGUCUAUCGGUAUAUGAUCAGGUAUAUGCGCAGACAGCCGGGCCACCACCACACGCCCAAAGGAUUCAUACUCUGGAUAGCCAGGCACAUAUGCAUAAGCCAGAACGGACACAGGCGCAGAUACAGACGAAAUCACUUCCAAACAUGCGAGUACAGAUGCCGACAGCAGCACAAGUACAAGCCCAGAUACAAACACAGUCACUACAUGUACCCCAAGCGCAGUCGCAGACUUUGACGCAAAGAGAGUCACAAAAACUAUCGGAACAGAAAACGGCAAAAGUUGUGUUAACAGAGCAUGGCAGUUCCGACUGCUCGACUGCAUACUCUGCAACACAGCGGUGUAAUACUGCACCGACAAAUAUAACCGAAUUCGCGUUCGCCGAUACCGAUGUAGACUCGCUCAUAAAUGCUGGUAAUGGUAUUGUGGACAUGGACACGGGCGUUUGUACAAACAAGCUCACAACACCUGUCAAUGCACUACCAGAUACCACACGCGACUCUCAAAUACAGCUGAUGGGAAGCUCUGUAGGUCAGAAAUCUCAAGGUCGACCGCAGGGCGUGGGAAGUUGUACGAUCACAAAGAGUGGUGACUCGAGCAAUUGGGGGACUACAGAUGAGGGGUUCGGAACGACUACAAGUGCGGGAGGGAAGCGCAAAAGGCAAGCUGCAGGUGGUGCGGUAGCAGGCAUUGAGGAGAUGGAAGCCAUUCUGGAAGAGUGUGUGAAAUCUGCUCGGGUAGAAGGAAAGGACGGGCACGUGAGUGUAUCUGCGGACGGUUUAUUGAGUGGAGUUAAAGGGGAGGGGUAUACACAGACACUCAGGGACAUACAGACCCGCGCACAUGCGCAUGCACAAUCGCAAGCGCGUGCCCAGGUACCAACACCUAUACCCCCACAAGCAGUUGAUCAUACGAAGGCUCAGGCUCAGAUGCAGACACGGAUAAGUGAACAUGCAGACACAACGCAACCGACACCACCACAAGACCUGCAGCUACAGCGAGCAUCGACACCAACACAGGAGGCGCAUACAAUUCAACAGCAGCAACCAGUACACCCGCACGCCGUAUCACCGCCUAUCAACGAUGCACUGUCAGAAUUACAGACCGUCGAGAAGCCCUCGACAUCGUAUGGAGGUGGGAACACGCGCACCCUGAUGAGUGUGUGUUUGUUCCUCCUCAUGUCACCUACGAGCAGGUGGGUCAUGGAUAGCAUGCAGCAGAGCAGUGACAUCAACCCCACGGGACGAGUACUUCAUUCUUUGGGCGUCAACGAAACCCGCUACAGCGGCUACAUGACCAACAUGUUUAUUCUGAUACUAUCGCGUGCCAUGCCACACGUGCUGCUCUGCGUCCGGUCACUAGCUGCGUUGCUGUUUGCGCGUGUAGUUUUAUUAAUUGCCGAACCAAGCGGAUUCAUCAGCAAAGAUCUUCUCAAGGAAGUCCAGGAAAUCCGACAGAAGGUGGACUCUGCAUUUCAGAACGGAAGUAUAGCUGAGGCAGAAGAGAUGGCAAUACAGGGGCUGGCUCUGUGUGGCCACCACCCCCUCCAACUGACUGGUAUCAAGCUGCUCGCCCACUGGUUGACACAAUGUGGUCAUCAUCAGCUGCGCAACUGGCGGAUAGGUGCUCUGGUGGACACUGUCGUACUGGCCCCUCGCGAUAUAUCGCCUCUGCGUGAGAUCGCCCAUCUGUACUUCCAGCUGUACCUGAUCAAGGUGUUCUACCGUGGACAGGAUGAUCUGCAAGCCAUCCAUCUGCAAACCUCGGCGCUCAACUACGCAGAAGUGUGCGACGCACGCUAUCCAGCCGACACGCUGCUAACACAGAUAUAUGUGUCAGAGACUUUCGCCAUGGAGAGACUGUUCCCUCAGUUCCACUACAUCUCGCGCUUCUACCAACACCGAGCGCUGUCGCGUGUGCUAAAGUACGGCCAGAACCAUAUGAAAAAGGUCGAGGAGAUCAAGUUAUUCCAGGAAGAGCGCAGCUCCGCGUGCCGCUUCCAGGUCUUCCCUGGGCUGUUGAUUAUCAGUCUAUUGCUUGUAGGAGCCAGCGUUAUCCAAUUCACUACGUAUGCCUUCGAGAUUGAUGGGCAGGCUGAUCACCCUCUGUUCCAGUACCUGAUGAUAAUACCUACCAUUCUCCUGCUACCGCUAGCUGUUCUGACCUGUUUCCCACCAUAAUAUAAUAUCGGAAUGGAGAUUACCAUACAUGCAAUCACACAUCUACUAAGAUGUUCACCAAUCCUCUUAAGCACGCACGAGCAUACACAAGAUCACGUUUUUUAGCUCCAUGUGUAUUGCUAAGAAGUAACACUCUCGAAAAGCUAGAUAAUAUAGCAUUAGGCCGCUCUCUCUCCCGGCCAACACAGACAUAUACAUAUAGUUCAAACGCAUGUGUCUUGGUAUUGCUGGCUUCAAUCCCAGACUGGCAUAUUACGCUGGAAAUAGAAUCCGCUGGAAAUCGCGCCCAAUUUCGAAACAGAAAGAUAUUCGAGGAAAUACAGAGCCCAGUGCGGCAUCGUUGAUAAAAUAUGAAUUUGCUAUAAAUGUGUCGGA